CAGUUUGAGAAGCUGUGUGAACUGAAUGUGUCUCUAGCGGUUAUCAGGGGCAGAUGGCCCUGAAAGGUCCGACAACGGAUUUCAGCCUCGUGUUACAACUCGAGUGUGCUCUGUUCCAUCCUCAAGGACAGAGCGGGGCUCACUGCUGGCAGUGAGCUUGCUUUAAGGACAGUGCUGCUCCUGGAGUUGGCUACAUGUGCCUUGCCCUGCGGUGAACACAGAAGUGGGCUACCUGGCACUCCUUGCCUCGCUAAGGUGAGUCAGCCCCCCUAGGUGUGUGCUGCCUUUCAGCAGGACUCACGUGAGUUUGGAAUUACUUGUUGGAAGCAGGAGUGUCUCCCGCAGGAAAGUUCCCCAGACCAGACACAGAAGAAAAUGUGGGGCCUGCCCUCAUCUACCCCUCCUCUCCAGCCCAAGAAGAAAAGAACUUCAGUGAGAUCUUUCUUUUCCAAGGUCUCCCGGAAAUUGAGGCUGCAGAAGCAGGAAGCCCCAAAGAACGUGUUUUUCCUCCUGGCCGAGAGAGCCGGGGACCCCAGUGCCAAGAAGCGCCACAUGGCCAUAAGAAGCCUGGGCACCCUGGCCUGCGAGGCCCCUGACAAGGUGAGGAAGUAUAGGAAAGCUGUGCUUGACCUGCUGGUGCAUGGCCUGUAUGACCCCAUGAGUUCUGAAGUCAUCCAUGAGAGCGUGAAGACCCUGACCAUCAUCCUAGGCAGGAGCCAGGGGAAAGGCCUGGGCUCCUUCUUCGUGGACAUCACCCUGCAGACCAGGACCUUGCUGGAUGACGACAAUGAUGAUCUGCGAUAUUCAGCCUUCGUCUUGUUUGGGCAGCUGGCUGCCUUUGCGGGGAGGAAGUGGAAGAAGUUUUUCACCAGCCAGGUGAAGCAGACGUGUGAUUGCCUCCUGACCCACCUGCAGGACAGAAACCCCCAAGUUGCCAAGGCUUGCAAAACAACUUUCCAAGCCUGUUCUCAUUACUUGAAACUCCAGAAGGAAUUCAGCUUCCAGAGUGAGGAAGAUCAAAGGAACCCUAAGCUCUGCCGACAGCUGAGCCACUAUCAUCCAGAGAUCCUGCAGUUCUUCUACGCAAACAAAAUUCUGUAAGCACAGAGAAGCAGGGAACAGCCCCGUGGGAAGGUGUGGUUGGGGCCCCGUGUUCUCCUUGUUUCAUCGCAUUGGGCACCUCUCCUGCCGACUCCGCCUGCAACACCAAAGGGGAUGUCAAGGCAGAAGUCUGUGGCUGAAAUGACGCCAUGGGUUUAUACGCUUAUACCUGCAGUAAAACUCUAGGUUGCCUUCACAUGGCUCAUUUGCUCCCAAAUUUGAUCAGAACAUAACACAUUUUUUCUC